AUGGAAAUCCUGCACACAUCAAACCAGAACACCAUGCCCAUAAAGGUCAUGCAGACCCUCUCUGCGCAGCUGCUCCUGUGCGCGGCUCUGGCUCUCGCCCCGCUCCCCCGCGCCCGGGCCUUUUCCCAGGGAGCGAAGCCCUCCUCCUGCCUGAACAUGGAGCCCGGGCACAUCCGCGCCCAGCCUCAGGACCCCCGGCACAGCCACGUCACCCUGCAGGCCGGGGCCGGCUCCUACCUCCCCGGAGACACCGUGUCAGUGGCAGUGAGGAGCACCAGAGACUUCAUGGGCUUCCUGCUGCAGGCACGCACCGUGAGAGACGACCGCGUGGCGGGGGCCUUCGUCCUCGUCCCGCCUGGCUCCAGGCUGCUCCGCUGCGUGGGUGUGGACGACACCGUCACGCACUCUGACAAGCUGCUCAAGAGGAACCUGUCCUUCGUCUGGAGGGCCCCAGACCGGCCCCUGGGGGACGUCCGCUUCCUUAUAACAGUGGUGCAGUCAUACUUUGUGUACUGGGCCCGGAUUGAGUCCGCCGUGGUGCAUGAUGGGACAGAGAGCCCCUUGAGUCUGGGGGGAGAUGCUGCGACAGGAGUGGACGGAGGGGGUGCCCUGCCAGGUGCGCAGGUGAACAUCACCGGCCUGACCGGCCAAGGACAGCCAGCCAGCGGCCCGGCACCGCCCCUCAGCCAUGCCAUCACUGUGAGCGCGGAGAAGAGCAGCACAGCGUCUCAGGAUGCCAAAACACGAAGGCAGAGUUCAAACGGUCCAGGCCCAGAGGAAUCCGCCCUGCUGACAUCCAGCACAGAGCAGCCAGCGAUGCAGCCCCGGCAGCCGCAGAGGAGCCCCCAGACGGCCCCCGACCCGGAGCCUGAGGCAGGCCCCUCCCCUACUCACCUUGAGCCACCCCACGCCCCCCACCGCUCGCACCCAGACCCCGUGACCCGCUCCGCCCCCGCUGACCCCCCGCAGCAGACCCCCGGCCCAGCUUCCCGGGUGCAGAAGGGGGUCGUCGCCCGGAAUCUCUCCCGGGGCGGGGAGGCGGGGCCCCCCAGGGAGGCAGGGGCCGGGGUGACGGAGGAGAAGGGGAAGGCCCCGGGGCCCACGACCCAGCGGAGCGCCCUGGAGCUGGGCGUGUUGCUGGGCUGCUCGGCCGGGCUGGGCAUGGUGCUGGCGGCGGGGCUCCGGUACCUGCACAGGCAGUACUGCCUGAAGCGCACCGCCGUGUCUCUCAGCGAGCACGACCGCGGCCUCAUCCACCUGCAGGACAGCGGCGAGCUGGUGCAGGUGCGCAAGAUCCGGCAGAACAGCUUCGUCCUGCUGCAGGCCGAGUACAACGUGAUGACCCCGCCGGGGAACUGA